AAUUUUAUCUCUCACUAAAUUUUUCUGUUUGUGAUUUCUCUUUUGUGUAAGAAAAUUAUUUUUGUAUGGAGAUGAGUUCUACAAAAAAAAAACUUCUUUCUUUAAAAAGGAUUAUACUUUGAUUCUAUUGCUGGAACUCCAACUUCAAAUAGUUAGUAAUAUUACACCUUCAAGGAAGAAAAUCAUAUAAUGGCAAAGAGAAGAAGAGCAGCAUUGUUGCCUACCAACAUCAUUCUUUUACAGAACUUGGUUCGUCGUGAUCCUGAUGUUUAUCAUGAUGAAUUUUUACAACAAUAUAGUCACUAUCAAUCCUUAAGAGAUAUAUUCUUAAUGAAUCCAAGUAGUUCAGAUAAAGGUACUGAAUUCGGUGAGUUAAUUGGGUUUAUGUCUGCUGUAUGUGCAUGUUAUCCUAAAGAAACUGCUACUUUCCCUAAUGAUUUGAAAGAGAUUUUAUUAAAUAAUCAUCGUGAUUUAUCACCAGAUUUAAGAGAAAAGAUUAUUCAAUGUUUAACCAUGUUAAGAAAUAAAGAUAUCAUUACUGCUGAAUCAUUGAUUCAAACCCUUUUCCCAUUGUUAACUGCUUAUAGUGCUAGUAAUUCCACUACUGGUCAACAUGUUAAAGCUUUAAGACAUCAAAUUUAUAGUACAUUAAUAUCACUUUUAAAAUCAGUCAAUACAGGAGCUAAAAAUCAAAAAAUAAAUAGAUCAACUCAAGCUUUGUUGUUUAAUUUAUUGGAACAAAGAGAUAAUCAAGGGUUAUGGGCUACUAAAGUAACUAGAGAAUUAUGGAGAAGAGGUAUUUGGGAUGAUUCUAGAGCUGUCGAAUUAAUGAGUCAAGCUGCGGUUCAUCCUGAUGUUAAAGUUGCUGUUGCAGGAGCUAAAUUCUUCUUAGGGGCUGAUAAAGAAAGAGAAGAUAAUUUCGAUGAUAAUUCAUCUGAUGAAGAAGGAUUUGAUAUGGGAGCUUUAAAACAUAAAAUGCAAGUGAGUAAGAAAUCUAAAAAGAAAGUUAAGAAGUUAGAUCUUGCUGUUAAAGCUGUUAAAAAGAAGAAUAAUGCAAAGAAUAUCACCACUUAUUUGAAUUUCUCUGCUAUUCAUUUAUUAAGAGAUCCUCAAGGAUUUGCUGAACAAAUAUUUACUAAUCAUCUUACUAGUAAACAAAAUAAUAAAUUUGAUUUAGAUCAAAAGAUUAUGUUUAUGAAUUUAAUUUCCAGAUUAAUCGGUACCCAUAAAUUAAUUGUUUUAGGUAUUUACACAUAUUUCUUAAAAUAUUUAACUCCAAAACAAAGAAAUGUUACUCAAAUUAUGGCUGCUUCAGCUCAAGCUUCUCAUGAUUUAGUUCCACCAGAAUCUAUCAAUCCAAUAAUCAGAAAACUUGCUAAUGAAUUCGUCAGUGAUGGUGUCGCUGCUGAAGUUGCUUCAGCUGGUAUAAAUACCAUUAGAGAAAUCUUAACCAGAGCUCCAUUAUCGAUUGAUAAAGAUUUAUUACAAGAUUUAACUGAAUAUAAUAAAUCUAAAUCAAAGGCAGUUAUGAUGGCUGCAAGAUCAUUGAUUACAUUAUAUAGAGAAGUCGCUCCAGAAAUGUUACAAAGAAAAGAUAGAGGUAAGACCGCCAGUAUUGGAAUUCAACUGGGUGACAAGAGAGGUUUACCACAAUUCGGGGUUGAAGGUACUACUGUUAGAAAUAUUCCUGGUAUUGAAUUAUUAGCCAAAUGGAGAAAAGAACAAGGUUUAGGUAAUGAAGAAGGUGCUGAUGACGAUGCUAAUUGGGAAGUUGAUGAAGAAGAUGAUGCCAGUGAUAUUGAAGGUGACUGGGUCACUGUUGAUUCUGACAAAGAGUAUGAUAUUUCUGAUGAUGAAUCUGAUAAAGAAGAUGAAGAAGAAAAUAAUGAAGAAACUCCCGCUGAAGCUGAAGCUGACGAUGAAAACGAAGUUUCUGAUUUGGACUUAUCUUCAGAUGAAGAACAAGAUGAAGAAGAAAAGGCAAGACCAACUAAAAAAUCUAAGAUGGCUGCUGCCGUUGAAGCUAAAGAACAAGAAAAGAAAGCCGCUGAACAAGCCAUGACAGAAUUGUUAACCAGUAGAAUCUUAACUCCAGCUGAUUUUGCUAAAUUAGAAGAAUUACGUACUGAAGCCGGUGUUGAAAAAUUAAUGGGUGUAACACAAACUAAUGAAGAACUGGUGGAUGCUACUACUUUAGUUGGUAAAAUUAAGUAUAAACAAUUAAGAGAAGAAAAGAUUGCACUUGCUAAAGAAGGUAAAGAAGAUCGUAGUUUCGGUUCAAGAAAAGGUCAAAGAGAUCAACCUCAUUCUACUACUAAUAGAGAAAAGGCUAGAAAGAAGAAUUUCGUUAUGAUGAUUCAUAAAAAAGCAGUUCAAGGUAAACAAAAAUUAUCAUUAAGAGAUAGACAAAAAGUUUUAACUGCUCAUAUAACUAAACAAAAGAAGAAGGGUUAUUAGUUUUAGUUAUGGAUUAUACAUGUAUUUUAUAAAUAUAAGAAAAUAAUUUGUACAUUAC